AUGAAUCACGAGUAUCAUCAACAAGAAUAUCAUUAUCAAUUUAAAGUAAUUGAACAUCAGCGUUGGUGGUUAUUUAAAGGGUGGUGUUCAUUGUUAUUAAAAAAUGAGAGACCUUCAUGGUCUGAUGAAUAUCUUGAAAGAGUGCCAUGUAUUCAAAAAUUUAGAUUACCUUCUCCAGUUACAAAAAUAAUAGACAACGAAAAGAUAAUGAUUAACAGUUGGGAAUGGUCUUCACAGGAAUGGCGAAUUGAUAAACAGCGUAAUGUAGAUAAAGAAGGAUGGGAAUAUGGUGUCUGGGGCUGGAAUGCUUGGAUAUCUCGACCAUCUAGUUUUUGUAGCUUUACUCGACGUCGUUAUUGGGUAAGGAAUGCUUGUCUAGUAACAAAAAUAAAUAACGAUCAUUAUGUUACCACUAUGGAAAAUGGCUCAAUCAAACCAUCUUCUACUAAUUACAUUAAUACUCAAAUGACCCCUUCUAAUCCUAAUUCCAUAAAUGCAAACAAAUAUAAUCAACAGCUCCGUCCUUCAUCUAGUCAAAGUACUGUUACAAGUACAAAUAAUGUACCAUCUUUAUCAUCAGCUUCACUUUCUAAUACUGCAUCAUCAUCUGAAGAAGAAGAAGAAGAAGAAGAAAUCGGUAUAUUGUUAAUGACUCCUACUACAGUUACUGUAUCGACCUCUCAGUUUGAUUAUAAAAAAAGUUUUGUUCAUCAUCAUCAUCAAAAAUUAUCAACCCCACUUACAACUAGUAAUAAAAGCACACAGAGUAAUAGAAUAAAACGUUCAGCUUCAAGAAAUUCAGCUAUAGAAAACCAUUUUUGGUUAUAUCGCUAA